AUGUCAGAGCGAGUAUCUAGGCGUUCGUUCAAUUUGCGCAAGACAGCUACCGGAGUGGAUUUUCAAAUUCCCAUCAAUUUCGAGGAGACUUUCAAGGACGCAAAACCGCCAGUUAUCCCUCCUUUAAUAAAAUCCAUAUGCGAGGAAAUCAUUUCAAGGAUAGCCACACGUCAGUUGAGUAUCCUUCCUGGUCCUUUAAGCACCCUCUUUUCUAACGCUGAUGCUUUGGCGGGGAAUUUACGAAGAACAGCCGAAGUCGAUGAGGUAAUUAAGCUCCUUCACUCUUCCAAUAAAGGGAUUUCCGAAAAACAGCGAAUGGUCAAGCGCAAAGCAGACCUCGAACCCUAUCAAACAAGCGUCAUUACUCGGGCCAUGUUUCGAUACAUCGAGCUCAGUUCAGACGGUUUGGCCCUGACGAUCGAGUUCCCAGCCAACGGUUAUUUGAUCCUUGGCCCACCCCCAUCCAAGAAUGAUGGGAAGCCAGAUGUUAAGUCGUACACCCGCUCAUUGGAUUCAUUUAUCUCCAAGGCUUUGAGUAAAAAUCCAAUAAAGCGUGAUAUUUUUUGCUACUUCAUGCAGUUUUUAUCUCAAUUAUAUCAGUUAAUGGGCGACGGUUAUCGGUCCGAGCCAGCGCUAUGCGGAAUGACCCGCUACCUACUGGCUAGCCGCUUUGCUAACGAUUUGAUCAAUCUCCACUGCACCGAGUGUAGCAAGGAAAUCAAAGACGGCCACCGGGGAUGUAAGGCAUGCUCUUACGUGACGGCUAAUCUUAAGCCGCCCUAUCGACCACGAGUAAUAAACAUACUGCUCGAGUACGUUCCCAUGUCAUAUUGGAAGGACAUGUUAACAACCCCUCGUGGUGGAUUCAUGGGACGAGGGGGAAUAACCACCAAACUGGACGACCUCAAAUUUGUUACCGCACUCAAACUAGCCUCAGAUUCGGGUGACACUGGAAAAAAAAAGAACCCUAUCGAGCCACUCCGGCGCAAUCCCAAGACGGCCCAAAAAUUGGCAUCACACGGAUCAACCGAAAACAAUGGAAUCGAUCUUCAAAAUGUUGAAGGCCCACGAGAGAACUCAGUGGAGAAAACUAGAAAGCAAACUGAAACUGAAGAAGUCAGAAGAUCGGAAAUAGAAGGCAAUGCAGAUCAGGAAGUUGUUAGAAAAUCUAACAUUAAAAGCAUGAAUGUUGGCGGUAGGGAACGUGCUGCUGCCUCAAAAAACGGCUCACUUGCAUCUCCAGUCUUUAGCCGCAAAAACAUCAGCAUGAAUCUUACACGCUCGAACCUUUUUAUUACACCCAAGUCCUCGAACCUCAACGUUCCGUCAUGUCGCAAGCAUAAGAAAAAAGAAAAAGGACAAAAGAAGGAAAUCGCGGUCGCGAAAUCGGCAGCACAAAAAAAGCGUUUCCCCAAGAAAGUCUCGAACAAAAAAAAGGGCUUCCAGUAA